GUCAGCAGUUCAGUCACGUGAGGUAGCAGGAGGAGGCGCGAGCGUGCACACAGUCCGCAGUCGCAGCCGGAGCUCGCGCUGCUUCCAAGAAGAUUCAGUGAUGGAUUUGAGAGUUUCUCCGGUGUUAGCUUUAAUCCUCCGUGUUUCUGCGGUGCUUGUUUUAACCCUCGGUGCUCCUGCGGCUCUCUGCUCCUCUGAGGACUACAUCCUGAACGAUAAAGACGGGCUGGGCAGAGAGUUUGACGGGGUCGGAGGUCUGAGCGGCGGAGGGGCGACGUCUCGUUUGUUGGUGAAUUACGCAGAGCCGUACCGCAGUCAGAUAUUGGACUACCUGUUCAAGCCAAACUUUGGAGCCUCUCUGCACAUUUUAAAGGUGGAGAUCGGAGGGGACGCUCAAACUACAGAUGGCACCGAGCCGUCGCACAUGCACUAUGAAAAUGACGAGAACUACUUCAGAGGUUAUGAGUGGUGGCUGAUGAAAGAGGCCAAGAAGAGAAACCCAGAUAUCACUCUCAUAGGGCUACCCUGGGCGUUUCCCGGUUGGGUCGGUCACGGUAAAAACUGGCCGUAUGAUUUCCCAGACAUCACUGCGACGUACGUGGUGAACUGGAUCAUUGGUGCCAAACAGUACCACGACCUGGAUAUCCAAUAUGUCGGGAUUUGGAACGAGCGAAACUAUGACAGCAAGUACAUCAAGCUGCUGCGCUACACUCUGGAUAAGAGCGGUCUGGAGGGGGUCAGGAUCAUAGCCAGUGACAACCUGUGGGAGCCCAUUUCUCUGACUCUGCUGCUAGACCCUGAACUCAGCACAGCUGUAGACGUGAUAGGGGCUCACUACCCGGGCACCACCACCGUGCUGGACGCUCUGAAGACGCAGAAGAAGCUGUGGUCGUCGGAGGACUAUAGCAGCUUCAACGACGAGGUGGGAGGAGGCUGCUGGGCCCGGAUCCUGAACCAGAACUACGUCAACGGACUCAUGACGGCGACGAUCUCAUGGAACCUGGUGGCGAGUUACUACGAGAAGCUCCCGUUUGGUAGAGACGGGCUGAUGACGGCCGAGGAGCCGUGGAGUGGAAACUAUGUGGUGGAGUCUCCGAUCUGGAUCACAGCCCACACCACUCAGUUCACUCAGCCCGGGUGGACGUACCUGCAGACUGUCGGACACCUGGAGCACGGAGGAAGUUAUGUCGCUCUGACUGACGGGAAAGGAAACCUCACUGUCGUCAUAGAAACCAUGACUCAUGAUCACUCGGUGUGUGUCCGACCGCCUCUCCUCCCCUUUAAUGUGACGUCCCAGAAUGCAACUUUCCAGCUGAAGGGAUCGUUUGCCUUCAUAAAGGAGCUGCAUGUUUGGCGUUCACAGUUUGACUUCAAAACAAAGAAACCGUCGUUCUUUGAGAAACUCGCUCCAGUGAAGAUCAUAGACGGAUCUUUCACUUUAAAUCUGGCUGAAGAUGAAGUGUACACUUUAACCACGCUGACAACGGGACAGAAAGGCGUUUACCCCGCCCCCCCUCCAUCGGCUCGCUUCCCUAAAGUCUACAAGGACGACUUCAAUGUUCGAAACCCUGCGUUCUCGGAGGCUCCAGACUUUGCAGAUCAGACCGGUGUGUUCGAGUACUUCAUGAACCUGACCGAUCCUGGACCUCAUGUCUUCACCUUACGGCAGGUUCUGACCCAGAGACCUGUUACCUGGGCAACAGAUGCUGACCAGACCGUCAGUGUCAUCGGAGACUACCAGUGGCAGAACCUGACGGUGUCCUGCGACGUCUUCAUGGAGACGGUGAAGACUGGAGGAGUGUUUGUAGCAGCUCGAGUCGACAAAGGAGGACAGUCGAUCCGCAGCGCUAAAGGAGUUUUCUUCUGGGUGUUUGCAGACGGCACGUACAAAGUCACCAACGACCUCGCUGGACAGACUGUUCUUGCAGAGGGAAAGUCUGGUACUCUUGCGUUCGGUUGGCACACGUUGACACUCACUGUGGAGGGUCAAUUUGCGUCUGGUCUUCUGAAUGGAUAUCCUCUGUGGAAGAACGCAGUGGUCCUGAUGCCUCAGAACGGCUGGGCCGCUGUAGGAACCCGCUCGUUUGAGCUGGCUCAGUUUGAUAACUUCAACGUGGUGGCGGAAUAAUCACUGACUGAUGAAAUGUACACUGUGCUGUGAAUGCUGUGAUGACUCUAAUUUAUGACUUCAUUCAUGCUUUGAUUAGGAUGCGAAAGGGGAAAUAAUGUAUCAAUACGCACUCCUGCCUUUAAAUUCUUACCUGAUCAUUUUGUAAAUUAUUGUCUUUGUAAUAAAAGGAUGUUUUUAUA